AUGUCACCGCACCACUUGCGCUUCCAACAGCCUCCCGGUGUGCGGGGACAUCGUCGUAGCGACGUUGACCACCGAGUUGCUAUUCGUAGCCCUCUUCUUGAUGAGUUUCGCAUGAACAGAAGCAAGAAGUGGGAGCUGAGGGACAUGAUGGGUCAUGUCGUUGAGUUCAGCGGCGACCAGCACGGCUCGCGGUUCAUCCAACAGAAGCUAGAGACGGCCACUAGUGAAGAGAGGCAACUUAUCUUCGAUGAAAUAGUUCCGCAGAAUGCAUUGCAACUCAUCCAGGAUGUAUUUGGUAACUAUGUCAUACAGAAGUUGUUUGAGCAUGGAACCCAGAUUCAGAAAACCAUCCUGGCCAGUACUAUGGAAGGUCACAUCUUACCAUUGUCGCUGCAGAUGUAUGGUUGUCGCGUGGUACAGAAGGCUGUUGAAUACAUUCUGCCUGAGCAGCAAAGCACAUUGGUACAGGAACUAGAGGCAAGUGUGAUCCGGUGCGUGAAAGAUGCCAACGGCAAUCAUGUGAUCCAGAAGCUCAUAGAGCGUGUUCCCCCAGAGCGUCUGGCCUUCCUGAAGGCUUUCAAAGGCAAUGUCUACGAUCUUGCAACGCAUCCAUACGGAUGUCGUGUCCUGCAACGGUGCUUUGAACACCUUCCGGAAGAGUACACUCGUCCGCUCAUCGAUGAGCUACACAAGCAUGUCAAUCAUCUCAUGCAGGAUCAGUUUGGUAAUUACGUCGUGCAAUUUGUCCUCGAACAUGGCAAGCCUGAGGACAGAGCCAUCGUGGUGUCGAAGCUUCGUGGUCAGAUGCUUCACAUGGCCCGGCAUAAAUUUGCAUCGAAUGUGUGCGAGAAAGCGCUGACUACAGCUGACCCCGAGAGUCGCCGGUUCCUCAUCGAAGAGAUCAUGACGCCGAGACAGGAUGGUGUGAGCCCGAUCCUCACCAUGAUGAAAGAUCAGUUCGCAAACUACGUCCUACAGCGAGCACUGUCUGUGGUGGAGGGAGAUCAGAGGGAGGCGUUGGCUGCCAAAGUCCGGCCCCAGCUCACGAAUAUGCGACGAUAUUCGAGCGCGUAUAGUAAGCACCUCGUAGCGAUAGAGCGCCUUCUUGAGAGGUGCUCUCCUUCUGCCUCCGGGGAAGUCACACCGAAGGAGAAUGCGGGGACGCCUACUAUGUCAGAAACACUCUCUUCAAGACAGAGCUAAUAAGCAGGACAUUUUCUACAUCUCGGUGGUAUAGUACUCGUAUAAUGGCUUUACUCUCGGACACUGCAUACCCUAUCCAUGCAUAUUGUGGUUUUCCUCUCCUUGCAGCCGCUCGUUCAUACAUAAUCUUUCUCUCUUUCAGACGUGCAUAUUGGAUGUCGGACUUGAUCACAGUGCUCUCUUGGAUAUGAUACCAUACAAUGCACAUCAUUUAGUCCUCGUAGUACAGUUGCAAGCGUUCUUCACUCGGAUUAGAUACCUUGGAGGACAUCCUCUAUUAAUGGCACAUCUCUCAGAAUCUA